AUGAACCGCAAACAACGACGUGCCCAAGACACAAAAAGCACACCACUCAAAUCCGCAGAAGACAUCCCCCUCGCCAGACCAGACUUCACACGACCUACAACAAAAACUCUCUACGAAAUCGCAGCCGAGCGACAAGCCGAACUCAACGCUAAAGCUGGUAAACCAGAUACCAACUCAGGGGGCAUCAAGCCCGAGAACGUCGUGCACCUAAAGAUAGGCAAGGAUGGACAGAUUGAGCCUCAAUCUCCAUCGCCCAACGACACAACUACUCCUGAAAGCGCCAGUGCGGUCCCAGAAACACCAUGGCUCGAUGCCAUCCUGCUCGCAACAUCCCUCUCAGCAGUACACUUCACGCUCGAAGUCCUCACCGUCCACCAAUACGCACAAGAUCUACACUUCCCGCCGAUCAUCAGACAUACUAUAUUCGUAGCGUGGCCUACUCUAAUAGCCAUCAUCGCGCUGUUCCACGGCCUUUUGUUCCCGGCAUCGUUUACCCGCACGAUACCAGCCCAGAUCCUGCUACUGCGCCAAAUAGUCUAUGUAGCUAUCGCGAAUAUCGCGGGCUGCUAUCUGAUCAACGUGACCAACGAUAAAGGAUACUACGCUGUGAUGAAGAGCGCGCCGGGUAUAGGCACGAUCUGGGUCUGGAGCGUGCUCGAGCUCGGACUAUUCGGCGCACUGGCUGGUGUGGUCGGACCGGGAAUCUACGCUUGGUGGAAUGAUUAUGGAAUAUUCUAA